AUGUGGCGUGAAGCCGUCAUGUUACAAAAUCUUACAUUAUCUAAAAUAGGAUGUAUUCGCGGUCGUGAUAAAUACGAUUGUUAUCGAAAAAUAUUUAAUGAUGAAGCCGAUUUAAUGAACGCUGAUUCGGGAGAAGUAAAUACGGCUGGAAGAUAUUAUAAUUUAGUACCAAUUAUGAACGAAUUAUUAAAUAUACAAUUAUUUGGAGGACCAUCAACGUCUGCUUAUUAUGCUGUGGCUGUCGUUCGUCGUGGAUCUCAAGUAUCUUUAAAUAAUCUACAAGGAGCUCGUUCGUGUCAUUCAUCUGUUGGAUCAACAGCUGGAUGGAACAUUCCCAUCUCACAAUUACUUCGUGAUAAACGUUUAAAUAUAAUCGAUUGUAAUAAUCAUGUCAAAUCAGCUGCUUUACUUUUUGGUGAAAUGUGUGCACCCGAUGCUCUUAAUCGUCAAUUUAAUCCAACAGGUGAUAAUCCAGCAUCGGUUUGUGAAUUAUGUCAAGGAUUACCAGGUGUUAACUAUUGUACAAAUCAAGAUCCUUAUGCGGGAAAUAUUGGUGCAUUGUAUUGUCUAGCAAACAAAGGUGAUAUUGCAUUUGUUAGACAUACAUCACUUUUAGAAUUACAACAAUUAGAUCCAACGUUUCCGUUAGAUCAAUUUGAAUUAUUAUGUCCAAUGAAUAAUCAGCGUGCAUCAUGGCAAAAUUAUCAACAAUGCAAUUGGGGUAUUUCACCGGCAAACGCCAUUCUCGUAUCACAUCGACGACCAAAACAGUUACGAGAUAUUUAUAAACAAGUUCUUAUUGAUUCAGCAAAUAUAUUCACAUUUCAAAAUCCUAUAUUUCAAUUAUUUAAUUCAAGAAGAUUUAACGGUUAUGAUCUACUAUUUUCCGAUAUUGCUGUCGGAUUUAAUUCAUUAAAUGAUAAGACAACAUACGCAACUUAUCUAGGUAAUGACUAUACGGCGAUUAUGUCUCGUUUGUAUGACUGUCCAUUGCGUGUUCUACGUUGGUGUGUAUUAUCUCCGUAUGAGAAAGAAAAAUGUCGUUUAAUGAAAAAUGCAUUUACACGCAAAAAUGUCAAACCGGAUUUGGAUUGUAUAUCGGCAAAAAAUGCUAUGGAAUGUAUGUCGAAAAUAAAACAAGGUAUUGCUGAUAUUAUUACAUUAGAUUCGGCUGAUGCAUUUCGAGCAACAAGAUAUUAUGAUUUGAUUCCAUUGGCUGCUGAAGAUUAUGGAGUAGAUUUAGAGACAAAUGUUAUGUAUGCUGUAGCAGUAGCUAAACGAACAGAUUUAACAACAAACUUAUGGAAUUUAAGAGGUAAAACAAUUUGUUCGACAGCUGUUGGAGAUUUAGCGGGAUGGCAUAUACCUGUUGAUUAUUUGACGGCAAUUAGAGAAUUAUUUGUACAAGAUUGUCAUGUGAAUAAAGUAGCGGGCGAAUAUUUUGGUCGUUCAUGUGUUCCAGGAGCUUUGGAUUAUGAUUAUAAUAAAGUGAAAACAAAUCCACGUGCAUUAUGUCUUAAAUGUUAUUCAAAAGGUUCGGAUUAUUGUUCAAGAUCCCAAAGAGAGAUGUUUUAUGGAAAUUCAGGUGCAUUUCGAUGUUUAACAGAAGGUACUGGUGGUCAUGUGGCAUUUGUCAUGCACACAGCAGUUAUAUCAAAUACUGAUGGACGAAAUGUCGAUCAAUGGUCUCGACCUCUAAGAGCAAUUGAUUUUGAAUUAUUAUGUAAAAAUGGUACUCGAAAAACAAUUGAUGGAUUUAAAAGUUGUCACAUGGCCAAAGUACCAGCUAGAGUUCUAAUGACAGCAUCUUCAAAAAGUGACUUAGACAAAUUAUAUAUUUGGAAUAUGUUAAAUUUUGCUCAACAACUGUUUGGAUCAGAUACUAAUAAAGAUUUUCCAAUGUUCGAUUCAUUUUAUGAACAUCCCGAUUUAUUAUUUUUGGAUUCUACUGUUCAAUUGACACGUGUCACAUCAUCGAUUGAAGAUUAUUUAGGACAAGAUAUUAUACAAAUGUUAAUAAGAACCGAUCCAAGAAUGUGUAAUUUAUCAAUAAAUUUAUCCUCAACUCAUAGAACGAUUUUUUUCUUAUUUAUUCUUGUUAGUUUUCUACAGCAAAAUAUAUGA